UGAUCUGAGUGUAGCAUCAAGACCUAGUGACCCUAAGGUUUCUUCUGUGGGACUGGAUUUGUACACCAGCUCUUUGGGAAUCAUGCUGUCCUCAUAUAAUGCUGCAUUGCACUAGCAUGAUUUGUAUUCCAUCAUCUCCUAGUCAUGUGAUGGCUUGUAGAGACAAUUUGCAAGAAUCACCUGGAUCCUACAGUCAUUUGGAAAGAGUGGUGAUUUCCAUAUACUAAACCCUGAAGAAAUGGCUUUUAUGUGUGUGGAUACAAGGUGCCUGUGUAUCCUUUUAAUUUGCACAGCAAUUGGCCAUACUUUGGAGAUAAAAGUUAAUCCUCCCCAGGAUUUUGAAAUACUGGAUCCUGGAUUAUUAGGCUACAUCUAUUUACAAUGGAAACCUCCUGUGGCUAUAGAAAAACUUAACGAAUGCACACUAGAAUAUGAAUUAAAAUACCGAAAUGUUGAUAGUGAAAGUUGGAAGACCAUCAUUACUAAGAAUCUAUUUUACAAAGAUGGGUUUGAUCUUAACAAAGGCAUUGAAGGAAAGAUACGAACACAUUUGCCAAAGCAGUGUGCAAACGGAUCAGAAAUUCAAAGUUCAUGGACAGAAGCUUCUUAUCAGAUAUCAGACCAAGGAAGCUUGGAAACUAAAAUUCGGGAUAUGAAUUGUAUAUAUUACAACUGGCAACAUUUGGUUUGUUCUUGGAAGCCAGGCAAGAGAGUGCAUUAUGAUACCAACUAUACCAUGUUCUUUUGGUAUGAAGGCUUGGAUCAUGCCUUGCAGUGUGUCAAUUAUCUCCAGGAGAACACCAAAAAUAUUGGGUGCAAACUUUCCAACUUGGAGUCAUCAGACUAUAAAGAUUUUUUUAUCUGUGUCAAUGGAUCAUCAGAUUUUGAACCUAUCAGAUCCAGCUAUUACAUUUUCCAGCUUCAAAAUAUAGUUAAACCAUUCCCACCAGACUUCCUUCAUAUUACAGUGGAGAAUUCAGUUGAAAUCAAAAUGAAAUGGAGCACACCUGGAGGACCCAUUCCAGCACGGUGUUACACUUAUGAAAUUGUAUUCCGAGAAGAUGAUUUUUCCUGGGUGUCUGUCACAGAUAAAACUGACAUGAAGAUGAAAAGGAAAGCAAAUGAAAGUAAAGAUCUAUGCUUUCUUGUAAGGAGUAAAGUGAAUAUGUACUGUUCAGAUGAUGGAAUUUGGAGUGAAUGGAGUGAAGAACGAUGCUGGGAAGUGUAUACAAGGACAAACUCAAGGAUAAUUUUCAUAAUACCAGUGUGUCUUUUCUUUGUAUUUUUUUUAUUUCUACUUUGCCUUGUUUUGGAAAAGGAAGAACCUGACCCGACAUUGAGUUUCCAUGUGCAGCUGGAGAAAGAAGUUUAUUCUUAUGAAGAGACACUCUGUUAAGCCACCCAUUUCCAGGCAUACAGCCAGCUAGCAUGAGUCAUAUUAAACUGAAUUUCUCUUCAAAUGUUCAAUA